AUGUCGGCGGCCUCCUCAUCAUCUUCGACAGCCUCAUUUGGCAUGGUAACCUAUACUCCCUCGGUAGAGUCCCAGGACCUACCAAAACUCAAAACCCUUUACUUCAGCAACGAGUUUCCCACAGAUGACCUUUCGACAAUUCUACGCCGGUUACACAAACAAAGCAAGCACUGCAGUCAUUCCAUCUUGGCUCGUUUCUUGCACGAGGCCACAAGGGUGCUACGAAAUGAAGUCAGCCAGCUACGCUCGGAACUGGCGCAGCUUGUUCCUGCUUUCGAGUCCGUGACGACUUUGGCUAGUGAAACAAAGCUACGCAAGGGACCGCUUUCUCAGUCAAUUGAUGGAGUGUUACUUUGUGUGCUCCAGCUGGGAACUUACAUUGGGCACUGUGAGCUAUAUCCGGAGGACCAGGCAAUCGGACCCAACAGUCUAAUGACUGGCUUGGGAUUGGGUUUACUGGUCUCAACGGCCGUUUCCGUCUCAGCAUCCCUGGAGGAUGUAGUCGCGGCUGGCGGGGAAGUCCUGCGCAUUGCCUUUCGCCUCGGUGUUUUUGUGGCCGACGUGUCGCAGAACCUCGAAGCCAUUGAUGUCGAGUCUCCCGAUUCAUGGGCAUACGUCGUCCAUGGAAUAACCGUCGACAAAGCCCAGAAAGAGCUGGACAAUAUCCAAGAAAAGGAGCGGACCCCAUCAGCGAGUAAGAUCUUUGUCAGUGCCAUCAGCGAAACCUCGGUCACUGUUAGCGGCCCCCCAUCUCGACUCAAGGCCCUCUUCCGCAACUAUGCCUCGUUUCGGGAUCGCAAAUUUGCGCACCUCCCGGUUUACGGGGGACUGUGUCACGCGGCUCACAUCUAUACACGUGAAGAUGCACGGGCAAUUGUCCGAUCUCCUUCGCUACCAGCGCGAUUCAAGCCCGUCGUACCCGUCAUGUCCACCAGCUCAGGUCAGCCAUUUUUAGCAUCCGGUGCUGCAGAUCUAUUUGAGCAGGUUAUAUUCGAAGUUAUGACCCAGCAAAUUGUGUGGGACAAUGUGAUUCGUGGUGUUGAAGAGCGGGUCACCAAGCUUGAUGUUCGCGAUGUCAACAUCAAGGUGUUCCGUCACUCCCUUCCUGCGCAACAGCUCUCCAGUGCGUUGAUGUCUGCCCUGACUGAUCGAGCUGUCGAAAUCGAUGAUCUUCUGAUGUGGAUUGGGACGGAUGUUGACCACGGGGAUUGCUCCCCUGGAAGCUCUAUGCAGUCGAAGAUCGCGAUUGUCGGCAUGUCCUGUCGCAUGCCCGGUGGUGCAACGGAUACAGAAAGGUUUUGGGAUCUUCUCGAAGCUGGCAUGGAUGUACACCGGAAAAUACCAGCCGAUCGCUUUGACGUUGACUCGCAUCACGAUCCUACCGGGAAGAGAAUGAACACCAGUCAUACCGCGUACGGGUGUUUCAUAGACGAGCCAGGCCUCUUCGACGCACCGUUCUUCAACAUGUCGCCCCGUGAAGCGGAACAGACCGACCCCAUGCAGCGCUUGGCCAUCGUCACAGCCUAUGAAGCCCUGGAGCGAGCCGGAUAUGUGGCCAAUCGCACGCCUGCGACAAACUUGAACCGCAUCGGUACCUGGUACGGCCAGGCUAGUGAUGACUAUCGUGAGGUCAACACGAGUCAAGAGAUCAGCACGUACUUCAUCCCCGGUGGAUGUCGUGCCUUUGGUCCUGGGCGCAUCAACUACUUCUUCAAGUUCGCAGGUCCCAGUUUCAACUGUGACACGGCUUGCUCGUCGAGCCUCGCUGCGAUCCAGGCGGCUUGCACUGCACUUUGGGCCGGCGACGUCGAUACUGUCGUCGCAGGGGGUCUAAACGUGCUCACCAACUCGGAUGCGUUUGCGGGUCUCUGCAAUGGCCAUUUCCUUAGCAAGACUCCUAAUGCGUGCAAGACUUGGGACUGCACUGCUGAUGGUUACUGUCGCGCUGAUGGUGUCGGGUCGAUUGUAAUGAAGCGACUGGAGGAUGCAUUAGCCGAUAACGACAAUGUCCUCGGCGUCAUUCCCGCUGCAGCGACUAACCACUCGGCCAAUGCGGUAUCCAUCACACAUCCUCAUGCCGGCCACCAGUCCGAUCUGUAUCGGCAGGUAAUGGCACGGGCAUGCAUUGACCCGCUAGAUGUCAGCUACGUGGAGUUCCACGGAACAGGCACACAGGCCGGCGAUGCCGAAGAAAUGGAGUCCAUUACCAAUGUGUUUGCCCCCAUUAAAGGCAAAAGAAGAACCUCCAAGCAGCCACUUCACAUCGGUGCAGUCAAGGCAAACGUCGGUCACGGAGAAGCUGCCGCGGGUGUGACUGCGCUAUUAAAAGUCCUGCUGAUGCUGCAAAAAGAAGCAAUCCCACCCCAUGUUGGCAUCAAAACGGAAAUCAACCCGGGCUUUCCUCAAGAUAUGAGCAAGCGCAACUUGAACAUUCCAUUUGAGACCACCGCAUGGGCUAGGGCCCCAGAGAGAAAGCGUAUUGCGGUGGUGAAUAAUUUCAGUGCCGCUGGCGGUAAUACGACGCUGGUGCUGGAGGAGGGCCCAAUUCGAGAGAGACUUGGAUCCGAUCCUCGACCCAGUCAUGUUUUUACAGUCUCUGCAAAGAGCAAAGUCUCCCUCAAGGGUAAUCUUCAGCGGCUAAUCGCCUAUCUUGACAAGAAUGCCGAUGUGUCUAUGGCGGACCUGGCUUACUCACUUACAGUCAGACGGUAUCACCACAAUCAUCGGGUGGCUUUUAACGCUACAGGCGUGAGUGGCUUGAAACAACAGCUUAUUUCCGAAUUGGAACGCGUCGAUUCUAUGAGGCCGAUUCCUACCACUGGAGCACCGCCUGUCGCGUUUGUCUUUACCGGGCAGGGAGCCGCUGACAAGUCGAUGAACUUGCAGCUGUACCACCACUCCCCAUUCUUCCGAGCCCAGCUCCAUACCCUUGACCGUCUGGGUCAACAACAUGGUUUUCCCUCCUUCAUCCAAGCCGUUGAUGGGAGUUUCCCUAAGGAUCAUGCCUGGUCGCCCGUCGUCACUCAGGUGGCUCAUACCAGUGUUGAGAUUGCCUUGGCCAAAUACUGGGAGACCUUGGGAAUCAAGCCCGAGGUCGUCGCCGGACACAGUCUGGGCGAGUACGCGGCAUUCGUCAUUGCUGGUGUCCUCUCCGCAAGCGACGCCAUCUUUUUGGUGGGGACCCGGGCUCAGAUGUUAGAGUCCCUGUGCACGCCCGGAACACACAAGAUGAUGGCUGUCAAAGCGUCGCGUCGCGAGAUUGAGGAUGCUGUCAAGGACCUCCCAUAUGAUCUCGCAUGCGUGAAUGGACCCAAGGAGACAGUUCUUUCAGGGACCAUCGAGCAGAUGGAAGCCGUUUCUGUCCCUCUGAAAGAAAAGGGCUAUCGAGUCAUCUUCCUUGAUGUCCCAUUUGCGUUCCACUCCGCUCAAACUGAUCCUAUCCUGGACCUAUUCGAGGAGACUGUCCGAAAAAGCGUCAUCUUCCGACCACCAACGCUGCCCAUUGUCUCUCCCUUACUCGGCAAAGUCAUCUUUGAUGAAAAGUCCCUGAACGCUGCGUAUCUGAGUCGAGCGACGCGCGGAACCGUUGAUUUCUUGUCAGCCAUGCAUAACGCACAGGAGACAUCAAUUGUCGACAAGGAUACUGUCUGGGUUGAGAUCGGGCCUCACCCGGUCUGUGUGGCAUUUGUCAAAGCUAGCUUCGACCCUCCACCUGUGACGGUAGGCUCUUUCCGCCGUGGGGAGGACAAUUGGACGAGUCUUGCAACGAGUUUGGGACAGCUUCACACUGCGGGAUUGCAGGUACGCUGGGAUGAAUUCCACCGGCCUUUUGAGCCGUCGCUUCGUCUUCUGGAUCUACCUACCUACAGCUGGAAUGAUAAAACAUACUGGAUUAAGUACCGUGGCGAUUGGGCGCUCACCAAGGGCAAUACAUUUUAUGACGCUGAGAAGAAGGUCAAGCGACCGGCAGUGGCCGACCCCGUGUCGAGUCUCAGCACCACCACUGUUCAGCAGAUCAUCGAGGAGACCUUCACUGGAACGUCUGGCAAGGUGGUCAUGCAGUCAGAUCUGAUGCGGCCGGAUCUUCUGGCUGCUGCGUACGGCCAUAAGAUGAACAACUGUGGUGUCGUCACAUCCUCCAUCCAUGGCGACAUCGUUUACACUCUCGGUGAAUACCUCUACAAGAAGCUCAUCCCGACGGCCAAGGCUGUGCAUGUCAACAUUACCGACCUGAAGGUGACCAAGGGCCUUGUAGCUCAAAGCAACACCGCGGUGCCGCAAUACUUCCGUGUGACCGCGACAACUGCCGACAUUCACGCUGGGGCAGCUGACUUUGUCUGGGAAAAUGUCUCCAAUGAAAGCGGCACGUUGGAAAUUUUCGCCACUUGCCGUGUAGUAUACGGCGAUGCUGACGCCUGGCUCUCUUCAUGGAACCCUCUUGCGCAUCUCGUGCAAGGCCGCAUCGAAGCCCUCGAGAACCUUGCCACGGAGGGGAUCGCCAAUCGCUUUUCGCACAAGAUGGCGUACACCCUCUUCGGCAACAACCUUGUGGAGUAUGCAGACAAGUACCGGGGUAUGCAAGCGGUUGUGAUGCACGAAUUCGAGGCCUUCGCCGAUGUCACUCUCCAGCACGUGUCUGGCGGUGGGAGCUAUACUGUGCCCCCGUACUUUAUCGACAGCGUGGCUCAUCUCGCCGGGUUCAUCAUGAAUGUUUCCGACGCAAGUGACACGGCUAACACAUUUUGUGUGACCCCAGGAUGGGACAGUAUGCGCUUCGCGCGGCCAUUGAUCUCAGGUCAGAAGUACCGGUCUUACGUUAAGAUGAUACCAACCGAGGACGAUCCGUCCGUGUACCUCGGGGAUGUGUAUAUCCUCCAAGAUAAGGUCAUUGUAGGAAUGGUUGGAGGUAUCCAGUUCCGUCGCUAUCCACGCAUCCUCAUGAACCGGUUCUUUGCCGCGCCUGACUCGUCGAUCGCCAAGUCAUACGCUGCCGCCGCUGUGUCUGCACCGGCGGCGCCCGCUCCUGUUGUCUCUCAACCGAAGCUUGCAGUGGUAGAAGAAGUAACUCCGCAGGUCCUUCCGUCUGCAUCGCUCCCUGCCCCCCCAUCAGAACCCGCGGUGGCGCCCGUGGCUACUGCCUCAGCUUCCGCUGCUGGCCCUGGUGUUGACUCCGACAGCACAUCCGGCAAGGCCCUGGUCUUGAUUGCUAAAGAAGCCGGUCUCCAGCUUUCCGAUCUCACCGACGAUGCCGCAUUUUCCAGCUUGGGGGUAGAUAGCCUGAUGAGUCUGGUCAUCGCCGAGAAGUUCCGUGAGGAACUGGGGAUUGUCGUAGCGGGGAGUCUAUUCUUGGAGUAUCCUACGAUCGGGGCGUUGAGAUCGUGGUUGGAAGAGUAUUAUAGUUAG